GUCUUGUUCUAUCAUCGUGAUCAAGUUUUGCAAGCUUGCUGCCGCUUCCCGGGUUUUUCUUUGCGUGACCUUCCUUGUCUGGAUUGUUGUGUUGACCUGGUUUGUCAUUGGUCGUAUUCCUCUAGACUAUUUCCCUUCGCCUGCUAUACGUUCGCCGAAUCGACGGACGCCGAAGUUCUCGGAGACUUUGUUUCAUUGAAUAUGACGAAUUGAUAAGAUCUGUUGAUCCCUGUAAUCGACGGUCCGAGACUUUCGCAUUUCAUCACGUACAAUCGAAGUGAAACCUCGAACCAAGAUCAUGAGUUCAUCUCGAAGACACCAUUGAACGCUUCGUUGCAAGAACAUGAGAAUCUCAGGAAUACACAAGUCGUGAAUCACACCAGCCUAUUCGGCAUCAUAAUAAGCCUUCACAAUGGCUCAAGCUCAGAUAUAUCCCAGCACAUCGACGACCAUGGACGAUCCUCCAAGUUAUAUCGAGCGUCUGAUCAAUCGUGAAAAUGAUAUCUUCCACCUCCCAAUCUCAAUGUUCGACAGGAGCCCAUCGCCUCCACCCUACCACACCUCAACAUCAACCUCCACCGCCUCCGAAUCCUCCGAACUGACCGCCCAACCACCAACCUACGACUGCGACAUCAACCUCAUCUCCAACUUCCUCUUCAAACGCGAACUCGACACUCCCUCCUCCAUCAGCUCGCUCCGCGACUGGCGCCGCGUCGAGGCCGAACUCCGCGGCACCGCCCUGCUCAUGCGAACCUACUUCAAAGGCCGCGCGCAGCCGCUCCUCCGCACCUACACCCUGCAAGCCGCCGACGCCGGCAUCGCAGCCGACUACACCGCGCGCUCGCACGUCCUCCGCGUGCGCGUUGAGGGCGAACAAUUCCUGCUCGCGACCACGGACGCCGUGACGGUGGUGAACUGGGUGGAGAGGCUCCAGGCGGCCAUCGCCAUCAGUGCGGCGAUCGACGAGCGGGAGGAGGUCUGUUUCCGGAGUGUGCCCGUCAACCGCAAGGCCGUGGAGCCCGGGUUCCGUGCGGAAUUCAGGCGGAAAGUCCGCGAGGAGUGGGGCGUCAAGAAGGGCGAGAGGGAGUGGUUGAGGAGGCCGUUGCAGUGUCCUGAGGGACAGGAGGGGUUUUUGCUCCCUACUGAGAAUGCCGCUGCUGCUCCUGAAGAUCGUCGGGCGUCGACGUCGACUUCAUCUUUGGCGUCCUCUUCGAUGAUCUCGCUCCCGAAUCGCGCCGCGUCGAUCACGACAACAACCCCAUCGUCUCCACGCCCGCGAAGAUCGAACGCCGCAGAUCCGGAGGCCAACUCUUGCUCUUCUUCCUCGACAACGACGACAACCAUGACUACAAGAACAUCACCAGCUCCCUCGACCCGCCUCAUAAUGAUCAUCCAAACCAGCACCAGCACCCCAACAACCCGCUCCAGCUCCCUCAACCACACCCCCAACGCCUCCCAGAUCCGCGUGCACCUCGCCUCCCCGACGCCCUACGUCCCACGAGCGCUGACCAACAAACCCCGCCUCGUCUCCCCAGAGCGCACCACCGCCACCUCCACCACCUCCUCGAACAACCACCUAACCUCACCCCCGGACGCCCAACUCUCCCCACCCGACCCUCCAACCCACCCGGAAGACGAGGCCCCCGACCCCCUCACAGCGACGACGACGACGACGGCGACGACGACGACAGACAUGGCCUACAUCCGCGGCUGCGCCCGCGUCCUGCGGUAUACGUCGACCUGGCGACCGGGGUAUUACGUCCGAUACGGGAAGACGGUCACGAUCGUGGAGCGGUUCACGGUGGCGGGGAUCCUCAAGGGGAAGAACAGGGUGAAUAAGGGAAGGGGGGUGGUGGUGGGAGGCGGAGGAGGGGGCCAGGGAUGAAAACGAGGGAUGGAAGGACGGAAGGGAAGAAAGGGAUCAGCGUAGGAUGACGGAUCUGAUCUGUCAGGACGAAGACUAGACGGCGGAGGAAGUGCUUUGUUUUGUUUUGUUUUGUUUUUGAUGGAUUUAUGGGGUUUCUUUUCUUCUCGGUCGUUUUGAUGGAAUUUUAUGAGUUUCGAUGAGCGAUGGGAGAGAAAAGAAGAGAGAGAGAUAGAGAGAGAGAGAGAGAAAGAGAGAGAGCAAGAGAGAGAGCAAGAAUUAAUGCCUAAUGAAGACUAUCACGACCAUGAGAGCGAUGCCACUCGCGCUUUUUUUUCCUCUUCUCUUCAUGCUGAUGUGUUUUUCCGAUCCUCCUCUGCAACACGGACAAUCAUCUCCCAUCAAACGACCGACCAAUCAAUCAUGCAACAAAC